CGGGUGAGUCCAGCAUGGCACACCAUAGCAACGCCGACGAGCCGGGUGAAUCAAAGUGGGUGUCUGCACUCUCUAUACAUCCUACCGCCAUCCUCCUCUGGUCGUCUUUCCUUUUCUUCGCCUUCCACCUCGCUCUUUUUGCGUCCCCUACGCCUUCUGUCUUUACUGCAGGCCGGUCCUCGCCAUAAUCUAUUCCUUUUGCCCACGCAGGACGUAAUCCACGACUAGUUUUUUCUGAUACGGAUGGCCUCUACAAAUCGGUCUUCUGGCUACGACUUCUCCGAUGGCAAGGUGCCUCAUAUAGACCAACACCCCGACCUUGUCAACCACUAUGUUCCUGGUGCUAGUCACUUGCAAAGGAACAAGACGGAGCGGAGACGUCUGCAAGGCCUCCAAAGGUCUAAUACUUCCGCUUCCAUCAGGGCACCGUACAAGCCCAAUGGAUUCGGUGAGAAAUGGAAAGUUUGGAUGAUUAACGAGGGAGGCAGACAGCUGUUCUUUGGUGUCUGGAUUCUCUUGCAUAUGCUGGUGGCUGCUUUUGGUUUCAUGAAUUACCAGUUAAAGGAUAACUCGGUCGGUGCUCGUACAACUUUUGGAAUCACUUUCCCUAUUGCUCGUACCGCUGCUUUGGUACUCCAUGUCGAUGUCGCCUUAGUCCUGCUCCCCGUCUGCCGCAACUUCAUCUCACUCUUACGUCGAACACCGCUCAACGAUAUCAUUCCCUUUGAUAAGAAUAUCACUUUCCACAAGGCGACCGCCUGGUCCAUUGUCAUUGGUAGCUUUGUUCAUAUCGCAGCGCACAUGGUCAAUUUUGCCAAGCUCGCCAUUAUUGAUCCUGACGCUAAGACCGGCGGCGAAAAGUUUGUUGCUUUCCUAAUUGCCAACUUUGCUACUGGUCCUGGUGCGACAGGAUGGGUCAUGACAGUCGCCCUAGUUAUCAUGGUCUGGUACGCUAUGGAGAAGCGUCGCCGCGCUCGUUUCGAGUGGUUCUGGUACUCCCACCAUCUUUUCAUCGUGUUCUUCAUUUGCUGGCAAUUGCACGGUAUGUUCUGCAUGAUCCAGCCGGACAGACCUCCUUACUGCUCCUUCAACACUAUUGGUGUCUUCUGGCGAUACUGGCUUGUUGGUGGUGUUAUCUGGAUUUUUGAGCGUAUCCUCCGUGAGGUUCGUUCUCGUCACAGGACCUACAUCCACAAAGUCAUCCAGCACCCUUCCAACGUCGUGGAAUUGCAAAUCAAGAAGGAGAAGACAACCACUCGUGCUGGCCAGUACAUCUUCUUGUGCUGCCCCGAGAUUUCUUACUUCCAGUGGCACCCUUUCACUCUCACUUCCGCUCCUGAGGAGGACUAUAUCUCUAUCCAUAUCCGUGUCGUUGGUGAUUUCACUGGUGCCUUGGCCAAGGCUGUUGGUUGUGACUUUGAUAGGCAGAAGGGCGAUAAGGAAGCCGGAGGCGCUGUUGUCAACUCGUCGACUAACCCAAUUGGUCGUGUCCUUCCCCGUGUUAUGCUUGAUGGUCCUUUCGGUAGUGCUUCUGAGGAUUUCUUGAAGUACGAGACUGUCCUCCUCGUCGGUGCUGGUAUCGGUGUCACGCCCUUCGCUUCGAUCUUGAAGUCUAUUUGGUAUCGCAUGAACAACUUCAACUCGAAGCCUACCCGCUUGUCCAAGGUCUACUUUACAUGGGUCAUUCGUGAUUUCGGCAGUGCAGAAUGGUUCCAUUCGCUUUUGCAUGCGAUCGAGGAGCAGGAUACUCAGAAUCGCAUCGAGAUCAACAUUUACCUCACCGCCAAGAUCAAGGAGGACGAUAUGACGAACAUUAUCGUCCAAGAUGUUGGUGCCGAGAAGGAUGCUAUCACUUCCCUGCGUGCCCCAACUCACUUCGGCAGGCCUAACUGGGACAGGGUUUUCAGCUCUAUCUCUGACAAGCACCCUGAGACGGAUGUCGGCGUGGUACUUCUUCUGCGGUCCUGCUGUGCUGUCUAAGCAAUUGCAUUCCAUGUCGAACAAGUAUUCAACCCCUGGCGGUACUCGAUUCUACUUCGGCAAAGAGAACUUCUAAGCGGUGAGAUAUAUUGGAGUGUAAAUGGCGUCUUGCAGUAUGGUGUAUCAUUAGAUUUGGCUCUUGACAGUGAGCUUUGGUUCGGAUUCCUACAUUACUGCUUCAAUGUUUUUUUGCCUUUGUCUGCUUUGUGCUAUUUACUAGGGUCGGUUACACUAUAUAUGAUUGCAUUCAGUGCUUUCAGAAUGUGGUUCGCCAGCUUUUGAGGAUGAUACAAAUUCCUUUGAACUGGUCAAGCGUUUCUUCGUACACUCCUGGUUUCACACACAAGU